AUGGAACAACCGUUUGAAAAUGUCAAAGACAUCAAUGAAAGCAAGGAGCUCUGGAGAAUAUCAGUUUGUGUUCAUCACAAAUGGAGUGUGGUAUCAAGGAGUAAGGAACAUUUUAAAAUGAUUCUAGUUGACAAGAAAGAUUUACGUGAUGUUGUUGAUAAUUCUCUUAUAUGUGGUUUUAUUGUUUAUGAGGGUUUACGUGAUGUUGUUGAUAUAUUUGUUAUCUGUGUUUUAUCUGAUGUUAUCUAUGUUUUAUUUGUUCUGGGUUCUGAUAUCCAUUGCAAGGUCCCAACUUCUUUAAAACAAGCUUUUAAUUAUGUGUUAACUGUUGACAACACUUACACAAUAGCCAAUUUUCAUGUCUCUUUGAAUGAACUGUUGUUCAAACCCUCUAAACAUAAAUAUGUCUUGACUUUUAUGGGUGGCACAUCAGUUGGUGACCAAAAUAAACAUCAAAUACCACCAAAAUCGCUCAACUUCACACCAUUUACUGAUAUUCUUACUGGAAAAUGGAAAAAAGAUGUCUUCAUAGAUCUGAUAGGAAUGGUCACAGAUAUUGGAUACACACAAAUUCACGCCGGUUCCAAAAAACAACAUAUCAACUUGGUUUUGAAAGAUUUAUGGUUUGUUCAGUUCAAUAGUUUUGAGGGAUAUGCCUUGCAGUUUCAUGAAUACCAGCAACAGAAAAAGGAUUCACCUACACCAACGGUGAUUGCUUUGCAAUAUGCCAAGGUCAAAGAAGAAGGUUCUCAACUGACCCCAUAUGAAAAAUUUAUGUACAAGACUGUUCUUCUGCCUCUAAGUGAAAUUGUCAAGCUGAAAAACACCAAUCCUUGUGUCACGGUUGAUAAGAUUCAGAAACUCAUACCUGCACAUGGAGGCUAG